AGAGUGAAUAAAUUUGAGAUGUUGGCUGUAUCCUCUGUAUCCCCUGUAUCUAACCAGGAUAAAGAUACAAGAAACCUUUGGUUCUACAAGGAUGGAUUACGAAGCCCCACUAGUCCGCCCCCUACCUCCGCCAAACUUGUUUUAAACGCCGUGAAGGCGGAGAGAGAUAAGUUGACCGGCGGAGGUCAGCAGCCGUCCUGCACAUCUACACUAAAUAUUAGUCCAAAAUGUAACAGAUUGCCUGGUGAAGUGGGUUGGAACAACUCGGCGAAUGGAAUGACAAGGAGUAUGAUUUCUCUUCCUACUCCUAACUCUCCCCAGCACCCUGUAACUAGUGAUACAAACAUUUAUCCUCAUCACCCUGUAGCUAGCGAUACAAGUAGUCCAAUGAGUUCCAGUGUACAUGACUCCUUGAUUACAAAGAAUAGUACUGUACAAUCUUUUGUUAGUAAUAUCAGUCUUACAUCUCUUCAUGGUGAGAGUAGACUUUCAGGGUCAUCUAACCCUGCUCCGACCCCUAACCUUAACCCUGAUCAGAUCCCAACCCCUACUUUGACUCCAAACCCAACUCCAACCAAACCUUCUACCUCUAAACCUAGUUCUAUCCGUCAAAAACCUACUCCUCCCCACCGAACAACUCCAGUAGGAACGCCUACACGUGCUCCGCCUCCUCUGCCACCCAAGCAGGUUGCAGACACGCCCCCUCCCCGGCCUGCUAGUAAGGAGCUGAAGCUGGAUGAUAUAUUGAAUAUGUGUGCAGAAUAUGAGAAACAAAUAGAAGAGGAACAGAGGAUAACUCUUAAUCAGAGCUUCACAUCAACCCCAAUCUGUCAAGAGAGACGGAAUUCUGCAAGAUUACUGGAGAAAUGUUCAACCUUCUCCAUCCUACAGGAGGAUACAGGACUCAAUAUAUCUCCCUUCUCCUUGAACCAGUUCCCACUAUCUCCAGUAUCUCCGUCAACUCAGGAUCCAUCUCUAGAAGAUAUUCCUCCCCUCUCCCCUUCAUCCACCCUUCAACAGUCAAAAAUAAAGACUAACGGUUCUCUGCCCCGGGACGGAAAACGACAACCUUCUCCCGCCCGAUCCCUUCCUCCAUCCUCCCCACAUGUAUCCGAGUCUGACCUCUUCUCCUGGGGAGGAGGACGUGGACCAGCUUCCCCGCCCAUAGAGGCUGGCAGGGUUGGAGGGCGUGGUCAAACCUCCCCGCCCACUGAGGCAGGUAGCCCUGGUUGCUAUUUGACACAUCCCUCCGCUUCACCUAGAACUAGAAUUAAAACAACAGUUGGAAAAGGAUCUCGGGAGAGUUCCGUAGAAACACUUCGCCCUGAUACAAGCGCAGCUGCAAAUCCAGCGCAUACACUAAAAAAUGCCGAGCAACUUUCUCCGAUCUGUGGUCAGGGUCAAGGGAACAGCUGGUCGGCCAGCACACAGCAGGGUUUUACGGGUACCUGGGAACAGAAUCAGAUCAGGCAAAUAUUCCAGAGUAUAUCUGCGAACACAUCGGCCACGCAGUUUAGUAUAGUAGAUUAUCAGGGUGGAAAGGAGGAGCUGGCAGAUUGUGAUGGGAAGACGAAUGAGGAAUUGUAUGCAGAAGCCAGAGAUAUUCUAGAUCUAGUCGCAGCUAGUCAAUCUAACAGGGACCCUGAUCUGUACAAUAUGUCCCGGCUAGAUGAAUCUACUGUAUCCAAUAAUAAAAUCAUCAUAGGAACAGGAAUGUUGGGACAAAAUAGAAAUUCCGAGGAUGGAGGGUUGAUUAAACAGCUCCGCGAGGAACGUGAUGAAACUAUACUAGAACUCAAUAGAACAGCUCACGAACUUGCAGAGAUAGAACAUCAGAUUCAGGAGGCGAACAGAAGUGUAGAUAUGGAAAGUUCUCUUCUUGGAGCAGAACUGAGCACUCAGCUAGGAAAUAUCGAAGAACUUCGAGCGCGCGCAGACCAGCUGCGUGCUUGCGAGGCAAAUAUGUGCACAAAACUUUCCAAGUGGCGGGAACGAGCUGCUGCAGAAACGGCGGAGGCUCGAGAACGGUUGAAUAGUAUAGAGGCGGAGUUAGAAAGAUUGGAGGCGGAACAGGGGGCAGGGCAGGGGCUACUAGACACUGAUAAGGAACUGGAUUUACUGGAAAGGAUUAAGAUAAGCCAUGAACAGCUGGAUGCCGAGCGAAGACAAUUUGAGGACCAUGAGUUCCAGCAGAUGGAGGAGGAGGCUGGGAUGGAGGCGGACAGGGAGGAGGUGUUGAGGCAGUUGGAGGAACUGGAGGACAGGAUCAGGGAGGUCGAGGUUGAGGUCAUGGAGGUCGAGAAACAACAGCAAGAGAUUUCUUAUAGUCAGACUGGAGUAUCUGUGAGUAAACCAGUAUAUUUAAACAGUGCUGGGAGUGCAGAGGACUCCACAGACUCUACUAGAUUCCUCGAGUACAACUCCCUCCCCCACAGUAAGAAGGUUCCGGAAGAAAACUCCCUCACCUCCUCCUAA